UAUUUAUUAAUAGAAAAGUUUUAAAGUUUAUUGGCCUUUAUCCAACGAAUAUUGUGAGAUAUAUCAUGUGUUGUGUGUGUAUGUUUGCCAUUGUUAUACCACAAGCAAUGCAAAUUUAUCAAAAUUGGAAUGAUUUGGCCAUAGUAUUGGAAACGAGUUCAGUAUUGCUUACUAUUUUACUUGCUAUAUUAAAAUCGUUGGUUUGGAUAAGCAACAGAAGAAAAAUGGAUUCUUUUAUACAGUACAUGUUAACAAAUUAUUGGGAAAUAAUGACAGCACAUGUUUCGAAAGGUGCAAAUAUAUAUGCAAUUCUACCUAUAAUUGAGAUAUUUGUUACUAUGAUUAAAAGUACCAAUGAUAACAAUACAAGUACAAAGCAUUUUCCAUUCAUAGCUUUAUAUCCAAAAAAUUAUUAUAACUUCCCAAUGUAUGAGAUUAUUUAUCUUUCGCAAAUGGUAGCAACAAGCUUAUGUGGCCUUAUUAUUUUGGGAACUGAUACUUUAAUUGCAACAGCAGUAUUUCACACAUGUGGGCAUUUUAAAAUACUUCAUAAAAAGAUAGAAAAUAUUAAUACUGAAAUUGAUCUAGUUAGUAUCUAUUUCACAUCGCCUUUCAUAUCGUUGCAUUAUAAAUGA